AUGUUCUUCAAGUCAGUCCUCGCCAUUUCGCUUGCCAGCGCUGUCUCGGCACACCAAAACUUCCACCAAUUCUGGGUCAACGAUGUUUCUCCAGGAUACGAAGCUGCUAUCCGUAUGCCACCAUCCAACAGCCCAGUUACUGAUGUGACAUCUAACGAUAUCACUUGCAAUGUCAAUGGCAACACUGUUCCAUCUGGGAAAGGUACAGCCAAAGCAAAUGCUGGUGACACCAUCAAGGUUCAGUGGGAUUCUUCAUCUCACCCAGGUCCUAUUCAGCACUUCCUCUUCGGCCCCGUCGAUAAUGCGGCGUCUGCGACCGGUAUCGGUUCAUGGAUCAAGAUCGAUGAGUUCGAUCAAACUGACGGCGUUUGGGCCAAUGAAAUCAUGAUGGCAAACAAUAUGACAUACGAGUUCAAGCUUCCUACUGGACUGGCUACUGGAGAGUACUUGCUCAGAAGUGAGAUGCUUGCUCUCCACGGUGCUCAGACUAUUGGAGGUGGUCAAUUCUACAUGGGAUGUGCUCAAUUAGCCAUCACUGGUACCUCAGCAAGUGAGACUUGUGGCCCAAGCAUCGAACUUCCAGGAGCAUACAAUGCAGAGGACCCAUCCAUCUACAUUCCAAACAUCUACAAUGGCUUCGAUAUCACCACUUACACCGCACCGGGAGGAGCCGUUGCUUCCUGUGGCGCUGGAUCUGGCGCGAGUCCAGUUACCUCUGCCGUCGCAAGCGCAAGCGCCCCUGCUUCUGCCGCCAAUGCAACCAGCGCAGUUGUUACUGAGGCUUCAAGUGUAAGCAGCGCUAUUAUCGAGACCUUGGCACCCUCUCCGGCUGUACCAACCAUCGAGCCAGUCGAGCCAGCUCCCGUCACUGACGUGGUUGAGGCUCCGACCGCAACAGCUGCUCCAGUCUCGUCCAAGAAAGACUCGUGCAAGUCCAAGUCUGCAACCCCCACCGUUGCCCCAGUUUCAACCAAGAAGGACUCCUGCAGAUCCAAGACAGCUGUUCCAUACCCAACUGGUGCCAACAACGGUACCAUAUCUUCCCCAACUACUCUCCGAACCAUCGCCUCCCCAGCUGCAUCAGCCGGCCUUUCUACUGGAGGUGUUGCUCUUUACGGCCAAUGCGGUGGCUCUACCUACACUGGUUCUACCGUUUGUGCUUCAGGAACUUGCACUGUUAUGAACGCUUACUACUCCCAAUGCGUUUAG